CAGUGCCACCAGUCACUCUUUUCAUCUUCACGCCAAACACUCUUCCAACUCCCUCUCUCUCUCUGUCUAUGUAACACAUUUUUCAAACUCAACAGACACAUUCCCCGCGUUCUCUCCGGCGAAAUGUCAACCAAAGGUAAGGCGGUCGCUGUCUCCGGCGAUGGCGGAAAACGGAAGGGAAGCGGUGGAGCUGACGAUGACGACUCCGCCAGUCGGAAGAAAAGGAAUCGCGAAAUCCUUCAGUUCUUCGAAGAUACAGCUGAUGUUGACGAUGAGUAUGAUAAUGAUAGCGAUUUUGACGAUUUUGACGAUGACGAUUUUAACGUUGAGCUACAAUUCAAAAAAGAACCUCCAAAAACACCAAAUAUUCCAGUUAUUCCCAAGGAGGAGGUGAUGUAUGAAGAAGAAUUUGAUAAGAUGAUGGAGGAACGCUACAAAAAUGGUUCUACCUUUGUUAGGUAUGCUGAAGAUGGUUUUGAGGCUAAAAUAGUUGAAAGAGAUUCUGUUCUUCCAUCUGUUAGGGAUCCAACUAUUUGGAAGGUCAAAUGCAUGGUUGGACGUGAGAGGCAUUCAGCUUUCUGCCUUAUGCAGAAGUUUAUUGACUUGAAAGCUCUAGGUACCAAGCUACAAAUAAUUUCAGCAUUUUCUGUUGACCAUGUGAAGGGUUUUAUUUUUAUUGAAGCUGACAAGAAACUUGAUAUUAAUGAGGCUUGUAAGGGAAUUUGUAGCAUAUAUCCUUCCAGAGUGGCACCAAUUCCAAGAAAUGAAGUUUCUCAUGUGCUCUAUGUUAGAAGUAAAUCUAAUGUAGUUAGUGAGGGAAUGUGGGUCACUGUCAAGAAUGGAAAAUACAAGGGGGAUCUUGCACAGAUUGUUGCGGUUAAUGAUGUACGGAAAAAAGCAACAGUGAAGCUUAUUCCUAGAAUUGAUCUUCAAGCAUUGGCACUAAAAAUUGGUGGGGGAGUUUCUAUGAAAAAUGUUGCUACACCUGCUCCAAGAUUGAUCAGCUCAAGUGAACUCGAGGAGUUCCGGCCCCUUGUGCAAUUUAGGCGUGAUCGUGAUACUGGGUUGCAUGUUGAGGUUCUUGAUAAUCUGAUUCUCAAGGAUGGAUAUUUGCUUAAAAAAGUGUCUCUAGAUUCAUUAAACUGUUGGGGCGUUGUUCCAUCAGAAGAGGAGCUGUUGAAGUUCCAGCCUUCUGAGAAUUUUGAGUCUGACAACACAGAGUGGCUUAAACAGCUUUAUGGUUCACCGAAGAAAAAACGGGUAAUUGGAAAUGAUAAAGGUGGUGAGAAAGGGGAGAGCUCAUCAGGGUCAGGCAUGCAAAAUGGCUUUGAACUGUAUGAUCUUGUGUGUUUUGGCCGCAAAGAUUUUGGUCUUGUUGUAAACAUAGAAAAGGAUGACUAUAAGAUUCUAAAAGAUGGACCAGAAGCACCAGUUGUGGUUAAUGUUGCACGGACCUCAUUGAAACGUGCACCAUCUGAUAUAAGAUUUAUCGCUUUGGACCACCACAAAAACACAUUAGCAAUUAAUGAUACUGUCAAGGUGGUGGAAGGGUUAUUAAAGGAUAGGCAGGGAGUCAUUAAGCAAAUUUAUAGAGGAAUCGUUUUUAUGCAUGAUGAGAAUGAGAAUGAAAAUGGUGGUUAUAUUUGUUCCAAAGGUCAACUAUGUGAGAAAGUCAAGCUUUCAUUUGAUAUAUCAAGUGAAAAGGGUGGCGAUUCAGGUGCCUUCACUUUUGAAGAUUUUCCGUCAUCUCCGAAAUCUACCCUGUCACCUGAAAGACCAUGGCAAACGAAGGACGAUAAUCAGGAAUUUAACCGAGGGGAGAAGGAUGGGAUGUAUACCAUUGGUCAAACAUUGAGAAUUCGGAUAGGACCUUUGAAAGGGUACCUUUGCCGUGUUUUGGCUAUACGUUUUUCUGAUAUUACUGUGAAGCUCGAUUCUAAGCAGAAAGUUCUUACAGUGAAAAGUGAGCACCUCUGUGAGGUUCGUGGGAAAAGCUCUGCUAUGGCUGUGAGUGACAAUCCAGGGUCCAGUUCUUUCAAGCCAUUUGAUAUAGCUGGAAAUGAAGGCACCUUAGCAGGUUGGUCGGAUGGAGCAGGAACAUCAGCUGAUGGUGAUAAGUGGAACACUGGAGGUGCCGCCCCAGAGAGUAAUUCUUGGGCCAGCUUCCCUUCAUCAGGCUUAAAGCUUCAAUCUGAAUCAAAUGCCGCGGAUGCAUCAGGUUUUGCUGGUAGUGAUGUUCAAGAAGAUGCCUGGGCCAAGAAGGCAACCUCGAACCAGAAUUCGUCUUGGGGGGCAGCUGCAGCCAGUGACAAACGUGCUGACAAUAAUGAUCAAGCUGAUGCUGCGGGGAAAAGUGAGGAUUGCUGGAACAAAACACCUGCUAAUAUAGGGUCUAGCUGUGGUGCAUCCGAUGGCUGGGGGAAAGCAAUUUCAUCUACUGCAGAUCCAGCUGGUUCUUCUAAAGAUUCUGGAGACGGAUGGGAUCAAGCAAAAAACGUUUCUGGAAGUUCUGCAUUUGGUGGUGCUGCUUGGGACAAAGGGAAAAAGACUGCUGAGAAUUCAACUAGCAGUUGGGGAGAUAUAGCUUCUGGUAAAAAACAGGAAGUCUCUUGGGCCAGUAAAGAUGUAGAAUCAGGGUCCUGGGGUAAGAGUACAAGUUCCAAUACUAGUGAGGAAAACUUGAACAAGGGUAACGCAUGGAAUGAACAGAAAUCUCAUAACAAAGGGGACACUUGGGGAAAUGUUGCAGAAGCUCAAAAGCCAACUGAGAAUUGGGGCAACGCAGGUGGCAGCCUGGAUCAGCCAGAAUCAAAAGGUGCCAAUGAGGCAAAUUGGAGUAACCAGAAAAGUCAGAGUCAAGAUGCAGCUGGUUGGAUGAAAAGUGGAUCACAAAGCCAAAAUCAGACGGAUAGUUGGAAUAAAGAAAAGACAUCUGCAGAUGGGGGAUCCUCUUGGGGUAAACAAGGAGAACCUAAGACCUUCAAGGCUGAUGGUGACUCUUCUUGGAAUAAGAAAGAGGAAUCCGGUAUGGAAAAACAAGAUGGAGGUUCUUCUUGGGGCAAACAAGAUGGUGGUUCCUCUUGGGGCAAAAAGGAUGGAGGUUCCUCUUGGGGAGGGUCUUCCCAUAAAGAAGACAAAAACCAAGAUUUCGGUGGUUGGAACAAGUCAGAUGGUGGACGUGGGUCAGGUGGGACGAGGGGAAGAGGAGGUGGUCGAGGUAGAGAUCAAUCUGACUGGGGUGCUCCUAAAGAUUCUAAUACAUCUAGCUGGGCUAAUAAAACUAGUAGUGAGGAUGAUAAACAGCCUUCUGGUUGGGGUAGUAAUCCCGACUCUUCUGGGAAGAAGUCCAGCUGGAAUCAGAAAUUUGAUGGAACUGCAAAGGAAACUGAGCCCAAUAAUCAAGGGGUUGGUUGGGGUAGUGGGAAAGCUUUGGAUGGAGGGUCAGCAAAGGAAUGGGGUUCAAGUGGAAGCUGGAAAAAUGGAUCAAAUGAUGCAGGUAAAAAUCAUGAUUCUGAGGGUGGCAAAGUGGGCAACUGGAACUCUGGAUCUGGAGAUGCAGGCUCUUCUUGGGGCAAGAAAAGUAAUUGGAAUUCUGGAGAUGCGGGUGGAAAUGCAAGUUCUUCAUGGGGCAAAAAAAGCAAUCUGAACUUAGAAUCCAGUGAUGCAAACCAAAGUUCUGACUGGGGUAAGAGCAGUACCUGGAACUCUGGUUCUGGUGAUGCAGGGCAAGAUUCUUCUGGUUGGGGCAAAAAAAGCAGUUGGAACCAGGGUUCUUUUGCUGCCAAAGGUGAUGACCAAAGUGAGGUUUCUGGUGAUAGAGGCAGUGGCGGGAAUUGGAGGGGCGGUGGUGGAGGUAGAGGUGGUUUCGACAGAGGGGGCUUUAGAGGUAGAGGAGAUAGAGGUGGUAGAAAUGGUUCAGACAGGGGAGGCUAUGGAGGUAGAGGCAGAUCUGACAGAGGAGGAUUUGGAGGUAGAGGUUGGUCAGACAGAGGAGGUUUUGGAGGCAGAGGUAGAUCUGGAAGAGGAGGGAGUGGUGGUGAUUGGAAUAACAAUGAUUCUGGUGGCUCUGACUGGAAGAACGGAGGCAAUUAUAAUAAUAAUGGAGGAUGGAAAAGUAGCAGCGGAGGCAGUUGGAACAAAGAUGGUGAUGAUAAGGGCCAAUCUCAGAGUUGGAGUUCCGGAAAUGGUGGAACUAGCAAUCAGUCUGGCGGUUGGAGCAGCCAGGGCUCAGGCUGGAAUCAAUCAGGAAAAGCUAAAGAAGGUGAAGCUGGUGGUUGGGGUGGAAAUAAUUCAGGCUCGAACCAAUUAGGAAAGGCUACAGAUAGUGAAGUUGGCGGUGGCUGGAAGAAAGAAGAGGCUCCUAGCUCUCAGGGCGGUGGCUCAGGUAGCCAAGGGGGUUGGGGCAAUGCAGGUACAACCAGCACUCAACCUAACACUUGGAAUCAAUCUAGUGGAGGCCAGUCAUCUGGUUGGAGUGAACCAAAAGAGGCGAAAGAAGGAGCUAAUGGUAGUGGGCAGGCAGGUAGUUCUUGGGGUAAAACACCCACAAGCGGAGGCGAAGGAAGCAGCAAAGGAGGUUGGUAAUAAUUUAAAUCUUUAAACUAGUCGUGUUAGGUUAUUUGGCAGCUGUCUGUAUAUAUGGGUUUCUUACUCUUCUUUUGCACUAUUUAUCUUGCAAUCCGUGCCUAACCCGCCCUUCCCUGUGGCUUUUUGGACCCUGCUACUCUUCUGCAAUUGGGCAUUUGAAGAAAAUAUGUUUUGCUUUGCGUUAUUAUUGAUA